AUGCCCCGCAGUAGCUUCUCUCGCAACCCCCUCUUGAGGGUCUCUCGCCCUGUGUCGGCCUGUUCGCGAUGUCGUUCAGCCAAAGUCAAGUGUGACGGAAAGCUCCCGGCCUGUACAGCCUGUGAAAAGGCUGGUAGAGAAAGCGAAUGCUCUGCCGCCAACGACCAGUUCGCCAGAGGCAAGGAGAGAAGCUAUGUCGCCGCUCUCGAGCUGCGCAUCGAGAAACUCGAGCGCCGCCUCCAAUUCGCCAAGUCGCGCAAAGCUUCUGUCGCUAACCAUGAACACGAUGUGCCUUUCAUGCAUGAUAUGAAUCGCAAAGACUCUUUGGCACUCAUCAAAGCCGCCAUUCACCGCAAAGCCGCCAGGAAUCGCGAAAACUCAGAUGUCAACUCGCUUGUGUCUGAUUUUGGCUACAUGUCUGUCAAUGCCGUUGCUCGCGACUUUGAACCCGAUGCCUUCAACGUGACGUUUGCCGGCCUCGUUCUCACUGCCACCAUGAACAAUGCGCUCCCUGCCUCGACAGAACCUGACCUACCCCCGAAACAGGUCACUCACUCGAUCGUGCAAUACUUCAUGGCGCACAUCUACACACUAUUUCCGUGCUUCUCCGAGACGGCACUAUUGAACGUCAUCAACGAUCUCUACCAAGAGGACCACCGCGUGAUACGAGACUCUGACUAUUGGCUCAUGUACAUGGUUCUCGCCAUCGGAUACACAGCCCAAAGCCAGAAGAUAAACGACACCAACUAUGAGUGUGGUGUUGAAUACAUUGUCAAGGCAUUGAAAUACGCAGAUCAGGCUCUCGCCCCCGGCAGCGGCACACAAAUUCAGUCACUGCUGCUUCUAACGAUAUACUCCCUCCUCGACCCAGCUCAUUUUGACAGCUGGCAUCUUCUUGGCUUUACUGCCAGGGCAUGCGUUGACCUAGGUUUCCAUCAAGAUCCACCUACGUCUUCUUCGUCUGACCGCACGGCACUUGAUAUUCGCCGCCGAAUCUUUUACUCUGUGUACGCUCUGGACCGUGCCAUUAGCAUGGUACACGCACGAACCUUCUCAUUUACCGACGACUCCAUCAAUGUCGCUUUCCCUGCCAGCCUAUCACAGUCGCGCAAGCAGUCCCUUUCAUCAGGUCCCAUUACGACUUCUCAGUCAACAGAUCCAGCGUUGCUGCUAUUCCAGCUUCGCCGCGCCCAGUCAUUCUGGUACCAGGAACUAUACCAGUCAGAUCCAACGCCUCUUGCAGACCCAACCACGUUCUUGUGGCAAAUGUGUCUUGACAUGCGUGAAUGGGGCGAGAGCCUACCUGAUACGUUACCCCUUGGGAUCCGCCGCAUGUUUGAGCAGGAGCUGCGAUAUAGCUAUGUGUACUGCAUAGCCCCGUCAGUCCGCUCACCGCAGAUUACAGAUUAUUCUCGCACCCUUAUCUUUGAGUACUCGCUGGAAUAUCUCAACAUUAUGCUGGAGAUUUCUCGGACAGGGCUCAACAGCGCGUUUUACACAUAUCACGAUGCCUUGAAGGUGUAUUUUAUGGGAAAUCAGCUUCUGGCUGUGCUACGUGAUGCUGAGGAGGUGCUUCUUUCUGGACGGCCCGUGCCCCCGCCUCCUCUUCGGCCAGGCUGCCCGCCCGCGCCGCCGAUCCCGCGCCGCACCGGCCUUCCUGCCAACAAUGCCCACGAUGCGCUGGAGCGCAGUGUGUGGUGCCUCGAGAGGGUGCACGAGACGCUUUCCAAGUACAGUGAGCGAUGGGAAGAUGCGAUGAUGCUCAAGGACAGCUUCCAGCAAAUUUCCGCCGACACUCUGCGACGCUUGCGCGAGCUCCAUGCUUUGCGCGGUGUCGCGCCUCAGCCUCACCACUCACCGCACCAGCACCAGCACCAGCACCAGCAGCAUCACCCCCAACACCAGCCGCAGCAUCAACAGCACCCGCAUCAACAUCAACAGCAUCAACAGCUUCGCCACUCACCGCAUCAGCAACAACAGCACCAACAGCAACAACAGCACCAACAGCACCAACAGCACCAACAGCAACAACAGCAACAACAGCAACAACAGCAACAACAGCAACAACAGCUUCGCCACUCGCCGCAUCAGCAGCAACAGCAGCAUCACUCCCAACAACAGCAGCAGCUCCCACAGCACCAACAGCAACAGCAACAACAUCAGCAGCACCAAAUCCAGCACCGCCCGCAGCAACUACCGCUACUCCAGCAGCAUGGCCAGUACCCUAACGGUGUAUCUGUCGGUCAGCCCGCCCCUGUGCCAAUGGCCGCCGUGCAGCAGCAGCAGCCACCGCAGCAGCAGCAUCAGCAUCAGCCAUGGGUGGGCGUCAACGUCUCGCAGAUGAUGCACGGGGGACCGCCUCCGCCGCGGUAA